AUGAGCGACGGCGCGGGGGAGGCCGUCGAGAACGCCCCCGCGGUGGCGACGACCGAUCCACCGACGACGCCGGUCGCGCGCGUCGCAUCGACCGACGCCGUUGUUAUCGGGGGAACCUCCGGCGGAGGUGACGACGAUCCGACUCCCCCCGCGUUCAGUACGGAGGACCUCGCGCGGAUGGAGGAGGAGCGCGUGCGCGUGCAGGAGCUCUACCUGCGCGAGGCGGACCUCAAGCGCCGCGAGAAGGCGGUCGCGGUCGCCGAGCUGUCGUCCCCGGAGUCCCUCGCGGCGAUGAACGCCGAGCGCAUGAGACGAGCCGAGAACUUCAGGCUCGAGGCGCUCGCGAAGAAGGCGACGCGAGGGAAAGACGACGCGCCGCCGCCGCCCACCGCCGCGGCCGCGACGUCGCCCGUCAUCCCGGCCGAGACGACGUGGAUGGAACGCGAGCGACUCGAACGCAGGCGCCGGUACGAGCUGGAGGCUUACGAACGGCGGCGAGCGGCGGAACGCGCCGUCACCGCCGAGGACGUGCUUCGAAGGAAAGAGGCGGAGGCGUCAGCGAGGCGGGCGAUGGCGGAGGCGAUGUACGCACCGUCGUUCGUCCCGCCGCCGAGCGCGGUGCUCGGCCCGAACGGCUCGGCGCUCGGCGGGAACGGCGACGACGACGACGCGGUGGAGACGGUGACCCUCGAGGAGGUGCUGCACGCGGCGACGACGACAACCGCCGCCGACGCCGCCGCCGACGCCGCCGCCGACGACGACGCGCCGGGAGUCGUCGAGAGGGGACCGGAGACGCGGUUCGACGAGGGCGACGCGCGCGGGAGCGAUAGCGGGGAUGCGACGCCCGACGAGGGCAAAGGGGGUGGCGCCGCCGACGAGAACGACGACGAUGACGCGGAUGAGAUCGACGCCAUCGCCGAUCGUCUCGCCGCGGCCGCCGACGAGGACGAGGCGUGGGACGAGCUCGACGCGAACGGCGGCGUGAUCGCGUACGGACGAAUACCGUGGCCGAACGAGCUCGACGAUAUCUCCAAUCAUCGGCUCCCGGCGAGUGUCGAGCGAGCUCGGCUGGAUCGGCUCGCGUCUAGGUUUGACCCGGAUGAGUUUCUCGCGACGUACGGCGAUCGCGUCGACGAAGCGGACGGGACGCGGGUGAUGGAGAAGGUGCGGGAGGUUUCGCGGGCGGUGCAGGAACGGCGCGCGGCGCUGCGAAGAGACUCGUGA